AUGGACAAAUUUAAUGGCAACCAGUUCAGCAACCUACAGGCAUCAAAUCUGUACUACCCCUUCAACUCCCACAAUGAAUGGGAGCUGGCAUCAUGGUUACUUUGUUCAGGCCUGAGCAUGAGAGCUAUAGACUCUUUCUUGUCAUUGUCAAUUAUACAGCUACUAAAUAUUUCCUUUCAUACAGCCAGAGCACUUCAUGGGUUGGCUGAGUUACUCCCUGGCAGGCUGUGCUGGCACUCAAUGGAGAUCACUCCUUCACAGCCAACCAAACAACCUGUGCACUUGUACUGGCACAAUCCCCUGGAAUGCAUUGCAUGGCUCCUCAACCACCCUUUGUUCUCUGACCAGCUUGAUUUUGUUCUGAGGCAUGUAUACAAAAUGCCCAAGAAGCUUUGUAGGGUGUAUACAGAGUGGAUGACUGCUGAUGAUGCUUGGUGUAUGCAGUCACAGCUUCUGAGCAGAGUGACUCUUCUUGGCACGAUACUUUCUUCAGACAAGAUGAAUAUUACUACUUUAUGUGGUGGCAGAGUUGCUCAUCCACUUCUCAUCAGCCUAGCAAAUAUCAAGAUGUCCACAUGCCUAAAAUUGUCAUCCAACUCAUUUAUGCUUGCCACUCUCCUCCCUGUCCCCAAGUUCAUGCACAAGAACAAGCAUAUGUGUGGCCUCCUUGAAGAUAGGCUCAUUCAUGAAUGCCUGGAUAUCAUACUUGAACCUGUCAAGCAAGCUGCCAAACUCAGCAUUAUGUUACCGGAUUCUCUGGGGCACAUGCAGUACUGUUUCAUGCCAAUCAUGGGUUAUAUUGCUGACACUCCCAAGGCUGCCAUGCUCACAGCUGUUGGGGGAAAGACAUCCCCAAUCACCAUGGCGAUGUACAAACAGUUCAGAGACCCAUUCCGACAUGAGCCACAAACUGUGUCCACCACUUUGGCUCAGCUUGCAGCAGUGAAGUUGAAGGUCCACCCUACAAACAUCCAAGUCUUCUUUUGCAAAGCACAGUGCUUUUGCCUCAGUGGAGUUAGUGACCCAUUUUGGAGGGACAUUCUGCUUUCUUGUCCAAGCACUUUUGUAACUCCAGAGCCCCUUCACCACCUGCACAAGGAAUUUUGGGACCAUGACAUGAAGUGGUGCAUAAAUGUGGUUGGUGAAGCCGAAAUCAACUUUUGCUUCUCAGUUUUACAGCCUACUGUGGGGUUCUGUCACUUUAAAGGUGGUGUUGCUAAGCUGAAGCAGGUGACUGGACACAUGCACUGUGAUGUCCAACAUUACAUUGUUGGUGUUAUUGCUGGAGCAGCCCCUCCCAAAAUUAUUACUGCUAUUCAUGCACUCAUGGACUUCUGA